AUGGAGAUGGAACGUCUUGCCGAGCUUUCCGAUGAGUCAGUUGGAUCUCAGUCCGAGAAAACGACAACGUUUGGGCUGGGAUGUGGCUCCUCUCACUCCGAAGGUAUAGAUCCUGAUUCGUUUUUGGUGAAACUGGUUAAAUGUGUCGUUAACGACAUUACAAUUGAUAUAUCCUUCAACCAGCUGAGUGGGCUUUGUGCACUUUGUUUUCUUGAGCAGGUGGAUUGCCUUAUCGGUAAAAACCAUCUUUUCAAAUGCAGUAUCAUCUUGAUAAAAUCAUGGUGUUACUAUGAAAGCCAUAUUAUGGGUGCGAUGUAUGGCCUCCUAUCUACAUAUGCCUUGGAAACUUUAGUUCUAUACAUAUUCGGUAUGUAUAACGCAUCUCUUGCCAGCCCAAUGGUUCUUUACGUGCUCUUGGAGUAUUACAGCAAAUUUAACUGGGAUAAAUUCGGCAUUAGUAUUGAUGGUCCAGUUAACUUUUCUUUACUGCCUAACAUAGUUGUUGAGAAUCCCACCCAUCAUGCCAUAUUCGGUGGACAAUUUCUUGGUGCUGGUACGCUUGCUGAGAUUUUGGAAUUACCGAUGGAGAAAAUCGAAGAAAGGAACAAGAACUUCUUUGAUGACAUUCAGUUAGAUGAUCUGAAUGCUAAUCUUGACAGUGAUAAUAUAAAUUUGGCAGACCUCUUAGGAGAUUUUAAUGCUAAUUUGAGGAGUCUUCUAUCCAGCAAAUGUACUCUAAGUUUUCCUUACUCAAUUGGUCAUGAGCAUCAUGGAUUGGCUGGUCAAUCAUAUGCAAUUAAUGGUUCGUGCCCGUCCUGGAGAGCAAGUGGAAGGGGUCGUGUGCCACGAUUGCUUGUCCAUCCGUUGAACUGGGGCUAUGGACCUACUUUUGAAGCAGGCUCAUCUUUGGGUUUUACCAGUAAUAGUCCAUACCCGCAGUCCUCACAAGGUCAUAGACAGUCUAGUGCACCCAGCCAGGUGCCUAGACGAGAAAGGAGGCUUGUGUUUGGGUCUUUUGGCCGAGUCUCCAUGAACAGCUCUUUACCACUAAUGGAUGAAAAUGAGUUCCUUCAUUUUUUGGGUUGA